AUGGCAGUUGCCUCGCCCAAUCUGUCAGAAUCUCGUGAAUAUAUUCUCAAUCAAUUUCAAGAGAUAACAGCUUUGAAUAUCGAAGAUGCCAUUUGUUUCCUCGAUCAGUACGAUUGGAAACUCGACGACGUCAUCAAUGAUUAUUACAAUGGAAUCGAAGUGAAACAAAAACCAACGCACAAUCCAAAUUUAGGAAGAUUCUAUUCCAUUGAAAAAGACAACGAACAACACGAUGAAGACAGUGAUCGACAUUAUGCAGAGUUAUUACAAACAUACGGUGAUGCUGAUGAUUGGGCGCGAGCCCAACAAUCGCGACAAUAUUUCGAAGCCAAACCAAUUUAUCAUGAAAAACAACGCUUAAUGCGAUGUGGUCUACAUUCGUUGAACAAUCUUUUUCAAAUGCCGAAAUUGUUCACUAAUCAUAAUUUGGAAAGUAUCGUUCGAGAAUUCGAUAAACGCAAACUUUUCAACGAUUAUCGAACGUUGUGGUUAGGAAAUUAUGAUUUACGGAUCUUGAUCGAAGCAAUCAAUCGAUGUGGAUUCGAUGUACGACAAAUCGAUGUUUAUCGUGGUGAAAGUUUCGAACGAUUACCUUGGGAUUCCUAUUUUGGUUUGUUAAUCAAUUUAAAUGGUGCUCAUUGGUUUACAAUCAAGAAUCUGAGUGGAAUUUAUUAUAAUCUCGAUUCAACAUUACGCAAGCCAAUUGAAAUCGGACAAAGAUCUCAUUUAAUUCAGUAUUUGUAUCGUUUGAUACGUCAGACACGAACAGUUUAUUUGUUUGUUGUAUCGCAGAAGAUCGUUUGA